AACUCCUCCCGUAUACCUACAAUUUCAUUCCGGAUAUAAACCCCAAUGUUCAACAAGUUCCAUUUCGACGGAUAACAAGUCGCAGUCUCGUCAUCAAUGGCUUCCAAGAGGAGGAGGAAGAAGAAGAAGCUCUUCUUCCCCAUCUUCCUAGCCAAACUCGCCUGCAGCUGUGCCAAGCCGAACGCCUCUGAAGCCACCCGCCCGCACCCCGAUCGUGUCUUCCGUCGGGAACUCCCGGGCUUCUUCGUGCCCGAGAACAACUACCAGUCCACCAGGUUCUCCCUCCACGCCACGACGCCCCCGCGCCAUUUCCCCUGGGCCGAUCAUCAGGACAACAAGCCGGCGGCGGACACAAUGUAUGUGGUGAGCCCGUGCAGGAAGAUAACCAACAGCGUGGCGAUGGCGAAGGAGUCGGAGGACCCGUACGAGGACUUCAAGCUGUCGAUGCUGCAGAUGGUGUUCGAGAAGGAGAUCCACUCGAAGAGCGACCUCCGGGAGCUCCUCAACUGCUUCUUGCAGCUCAACUCCCCGGUCCACCACGAUGUCAUCUCCCGGGCUUUUGCCGAGAUCUGGAACGACAUCAUCUCCAAGAAGAUGAACAAGGGCGAGUCUCGAAUUGGCCUCGCGACCUGCUUUACGUGAACCUGAGCCCGAGCCCGAGCGUGCUUUGGCCUUGCCAGAGGAGCGAGUAACUUAUUGGCAUCGAAAUGCAUAUAUGCUUUUAUUAAUCAGAUGUAGUAACCGAGUUAAGUGUACGACUGUAUAUGCAUCUUUCUCACGCUCAUGUCUGUGAAAGCAUAUUCCUCCCUUGAUGCAUAUGUAAUCACUGUCCAAGUUAUCGAUUCAUCUGCUUCUAUACGUUUUUAGCA